AGGAGGGACGCUACCAGCACAUCGUCUUCUCAGAGUGGCUGCCAUGGCAACUGGGUCAAAGGGUGAUGACGGAGUACGACCUCUGGGUCAGCGAUACAGGUCGCACCUCCUACGACGACACGCUCGAUGCCACGCUGAGGAACGAAUUCUCAUCGGCCCACUUUCGCUAUGCACAUACCAACGUGCCUGGGGCAUACUUGAGGAUUGACGAAGAAGGAGAAAAGUUGCCCGAACUCAGACUGAAAGACGCCUACUUCGUGCCACUGAAUGACACCUACCACCCCGUAGACGACGUCCUUCGGGGCUCGGUUGUGCAGCCGAUGCAACCAUUCAACAGAUUCGGGGAUCAUGGUGUCACGCAUUAUCUCUUCCGGAAACCCUCGCUUCCGUACGGUGAUGACUUGUUCGCCGUCGACAUCCAGAGGGGCCGGGACCACGGAGUUCGUCCAUACGUCGUCUGGGUCCAACUGUGCCAGAACAUCACCAUUACCAGCUUCUCCGACCUGAGCCAGGUUAUGCCCGAGGAGACCGCCCAGCUUUAUGAGCAAGUCUACGAAGACGUUCGAGACAUCGACCUUUAUUCGGGAGCCCUUUCCGAGACACGACUCGAAGGAGCUGAACUUGGGGCCACCUAUGCCUGCGGUGUGGCCAAGCAGUUCCGUCUGCUGAAGUACGCUGACAGGUUUUACUACGAGCACGCGAACCAAUCGGGUUCCUUUAACGACGACCAAUUGGAUACCAUUAAGAAAACGACACUAACGAAGAUCUUGUGCGAGAACGUCGCAGGAAUGGACGGCGUCUCGGCAAAUCGGAAUGCCUUCUUGCUUCCCGCAAACGAAGGUGACACAGUGAUGUGCAGCGACCUGCCCGACAUCGAUCUGUCGAAAUGGAAAGAAGAGAACGAAAGCGGAGAAAACAGCGAAGGCGGCCGUUCGAGCGUGCCGACGAAUGCGUAACUCUGUUAAUCUCAAGUACGGCACGCUUAGCUCUGCAGCAUUUCAUCACAGGCCGAUAGAGCGCCCGUCGGCAUCUUGCUUCUUACUUUCGUAAUAUUUACGAAUUGCCCGCAUGAUUCGUAGUUGCGUAGCGCCUUGUUUGCCCGUUCUUGCCAGGAAUGCUGGUGUUAAGCUUGUCUCACAGAAAAAUAAAACCUACACUUGAG